AUGAGCGCCGGGUCACAACACAACCCCGUCGACCGCAAAAUAAGCUCGGACUCCAGUACGGGGGGUCCGCAAGUUGCGCUGGAUCGCUGGUCACAACGACGCCUGCAACGGUUGAACACCGAGCAGGGAUUUCGAGAGCAAAGACAGGGCGGACAUGGUGUCUUGUCACCUCCAUUGAAUCGGGGCUCGUCGACAAGUAGUGGCAGCUCCGAGCAGACGGCAUACAAUACGGGCGCACAAUACUCAAACCAGGAUGCUCAGCCACAGCAACCCCUGCACCACCAACAGUCUCAGCCGCAUCCUGCACAACAGUCAAGUGUCGGUUAUCAAGCGUCCCGCACGGCCCCAGCAAACCUGCCGAAUGUGGGCCUCGCGAUCCAGACACCGUCAUCCAACAACACUUCAAGAGCUUACUCGCAAGACAAUCAGCAAUCACAUGCUGGCCAGUACUCGCCGCCUGAAGCUCAAUUCUCGCAGGACCACUCCCGUCCGGCGCUGACUCAGUCACGCAGCUUUUCGCAGCCAGGCGACGAAUCAGCCAUGUCGAACAAUGGCCAGAUACCCGGCCCAAAGGCGCUUCGGCAAGGCAAUAUAAACAACCGUCAGAGUGUACACAACGGCCUGACAUCACGAGAAGGUUCACACUCUACCCAAGGUGGCCAAGUGCCGGCUUUCAACUCGUCAACAGUGCCACCUGGCAGCCAGGGUGGGCCUUAUAAGAGCGGUAACGCUCAGCAGGCACAGCAGGGCGAAGUCACCAGAAGCACAGGUACGCCGCAGCCUGCACAGUUGCAAGGCGAUGAGAUGAGCGAGGAGGAUGUCGCUCAUCUAGUGAAGGAUCAUAAAGAACUUCGCGAGAAGUAUACCAAGGUGAAGAAGUACUACUUUGAGAAGGAAGAUCAAGUCAAGCAACUACAGAACAGCCUUGCACAUCAACGAUUGUCUCAAUCAAAGACCUCGCUGGACGAUAGCGAGUACACCACCCGCUUCAAUCGUCUUGACGGUCUCGUAGCGCAACUCGCCUUCAGCAUUCGCAAGAGCUGGAAGAGCAUACCACAAUGGCUGGUGAAUUCUGUCAACAGAGAUGCCGUUGCUACUGGCAAGCAGGAAAUGACUGCUGCGGGAAGAGCAUUCAUUUCUUGUUGGCUAGUGGAGGAAGUGUUUGACAAGUACUUCCACCCGGAUCUCGAACCUGUGCUGUCAACACAGCUCAAGAGUGUACAGAAGAACAUUCGCAAGUUCGCACCCAUCUCGCAAACAGCAGAGGAAGAAGAGUACCUUACUUCGAAGGUCGUGAACUGGAGACUGGCUACUCUGGAGGGAUUGCAAGAGUCGCUCCGAUCCCCUACAUGCCCAGAGAACCGGCAAAAGCUCAUUGACACGCUGAAGGAGAACUUGUGCUCUGCACUCGCAGUACACCUCCAAGACCCGCCGCCGUCAGAUCUUGAAGGCGGCGUCCAUAUGAUCAUCGAGCUCGUGGUCAGCAUCGCCAUACAUCUACCUCUAGAGAGCAGAGAUGUCGUCAUCGAGUACUUCAUGCCAGGAUACAGUGUCAUGAACGAUCAGAUGAAGUCAGAAUCCGGCAUUCCACCGCUGACAACAUCGGUUGCCGACGAUGCAGCGGAACGAGCAUCCAUGAAGAGUGCGACCAGCGACGUUACAGACAUGAACGAAAAUAGCAACGCUGAGCAGCCAUCUAAGAAGAGAAGCAUGCUCAGCGCACUUACCGGGACAAGCAAGGGCCACAAAGCCCAAGGCAAGCACGCUGGAGCUGCUGGUAGCUCGAGCAGCUUGACACGACCUGGCAGCUCACAGGAUAUCAAGGAAGAUGCACCGCCUCGUGUGCGCAUGGCUGCAGGCAUUGGCGUUUCAGUGCGAGGUCGCUCAGUCCUGGUCAAAGCUCCAGUGUUCAGCACUUGA